AUGUCGCACGUGACACUCGGCGAGCGCGUUUACAUCAAGGAUGCGGACAUGUUUGGAGAUGUCGAGAGGACGACGGUGCUUGGGGUGGAAGCCGUGAGUCUCGUGGACGACGAGGGCACCACGAAAGCUUUCUUCGGGGCUAACAAGGAGUCGGCGAUUGUCAAAAAGGACACCGGCGUGGACGGGACAGGGGUAGCGGUGGAAGUCCCUAUCGACGUAAGGGAAGAGGGCGCAGACGUUCUCACGGCGAUGAACAUCGCGCCGGAAGACCAGCGUCUGAAGUUUGCCAAGUUCAUGGGAAUGUUCGACCAAGCGACGCGUCGAGCCUACAUGGACGAGUGGGUCGCGAAGAAGGAUGACGUCGCUGAGCGCGAAACGUUUCUACAGAACAUGAUGGACGCAUUGGAUGAUGACGAGGCUUUCAUCACGAAUCAGGGCGGGCAAGCUCUCGCAGACGUGGAUGCCGGUGUUCGGCAAUACAUGUUCGGGCGUAUGCUCACAACUCUGACCAAGGCAGAACGCGAGAGCCUCAUCCUCGAAUGGAUGUCUGUCAAAAACUCACCCGACAAGAAAGAAGAGUUUCUUCAGGGGAUGUACGAGCUGUUGAUGGACGACGACGACUACAUUGCAAUGGAAGGGAGGAAGGCCCUCACACGCUACCGAAUUCUAGCCGACGAACAAGCUGAAAUAUUCACCAAGUUCAUGACCACCGUGAGCGCCGAAGACCGUGGCAAGUACGCGGCCGAAUACCGGAAGGUGCGAACAUCAGCUUCCAAAAAGAAGAAACUCCUGAACUCUCUCAUCAAUCUCAGCAAAGAAGGCGCCGGGCUCGACACGUUGGCCUAA